UUUAUAUAUUAUUUUCUCCUUCCAUCAACUGUACAUAUCUGAACUGAUUCUCACUCGAAAGUUAAAUGGUCGAUAACAUUAACCAUGCGUAUUAUUCAAUUGAACAUAACAUGGGUUAUGAACAUUCUGCUUAGUUUUCAGUUAGAAUUCACUUGGAACAGCUGGAAGUUUCUUAUAUAUAUUUUUCUUUUCAAUUCUGUUUCAUCUUCAUCUAAUCUCAUACAGAACAAAUUUCUCCUCAACCGUUAUCAUUAUCAUCUUAUUAUUAUUAUUAUUAUAUCAGAAUAUAAAUCCCAUGUAAUAACUUUUACUCUGUGGUGUGAAAAUAAAAAGGUAGAAUCAAAAUUUAUUUCCAUUGAACGAAAAUUAUUGAAGAGAAAAAAAAAUAACAAACUAAAUUAACUGAUUGCUGUAAAUGGAUUUUCAAGUUAAAAGUUAAUCAAUACAUCCAUGGACAUUGUGUGUAAGUUAAUAUUCAUCCUAUCAUCAUCAAAAUCAUCAUCAAAAUCAUCAUCAUCAUCAUUUAUCAACAACAAUAUUUUUCAUAAAUUUUCCUCAUCAUUUACUCUUGAAUCAAAUUUGUUAAUCAAUUAUUGACAUUGAUAUAUUCUGGGAAUAUAUAUAAAUUAUCAUAAUACUUGAUGAAACCAUUAAAGUCAACAAUCAACUUGAAUUGAUUACAACCAAAUUGUGAUUAUUUUUCUGUGGAUAUCGAGGACAAUUUAAAUAUAAAUAUAAAUCGUUACAAGGUGAAAAUUAAUCAACUGAAUGUGAUUAAUACGAUAAAAGUGAAAUUAACCUUCAAAAUUUUCAAUACUAUUCCAAGAUUAUGAUAUUAUCAGUACGAACCAAAUUUAAAAUGAGCUUCAAACUUUGAUAAUUAAUUUAAUCAACUCACAUGUUACUAUGGUUGAUCAAACGAUCCAUCAGCCUGAAUUUAUCAUGAACAAUAUGAGUUGGCCUAGUGGUUGUUUACCCUCAAUGGUCAACGAUUAUAUCAACUCGACCAAUUCAAAUAGUUUCAUUCCCUCACCAACGUUUCCCGGUUCAAUAGCACCAGUCGCCGCCACAGCAGCCGCAGUAGCCGGAGUAGCAACCUUAGCUUCAUCGGUAUCAUCAUCAGCUUAUCCAAUAUCACCAUUCUCCUCAUCUUCUGCCCUAGGGGUAUCUUCAUCAUCAUCGUCAUCAUCAUCUUUACCCUUUUCCACAUCUUAUCCAUCAAGUUCAGCAGCAUCUCUUGUAAAUUCAUCUCUCACCUCACUUGAUUCAUUUAGAUCAUAUAAUCCUGAAUGUAAUUCAACCAUGGAAGAUGCCUUCAUUGGUGGCUAUUCAGCCCUGGUCCUUGAAUUUACCAAAAUUUUGUACGGAAUCGUUUGUCUGGUCGGACUUUGUGGUAAUACACUGGUUCUUUAUGUGGUCCUACGUUUCUCUAAGAUGCAAACAGUGACCAACAUGUACAUCUUUAACCUUGCCCUUGCCGAUGAAAUGUUCCUCAUCGGUUUACCCUUUCUAAUAGCAACCGUUAAAUAUAAAUCUUGGCCUUUUGGUCAAGUAAUGUGUCGCAUUUACAUGAUAACAACUUCAAUAAAUCAAUUUACUUCUUCCCUCCUAUUAACCGUUAUGUCUGCAGAUCGUUAUAUUGCCGUUUGCCAUCCAAUCUCAUCACCUCGAUAUCGAACACCUUUUAUUGCCAAAUUUAUUUGCCUCACCGUUUGGACAGUUUCCGCUCUUCUAAUGGUUCCCAUUUACCUUUACACCCAAGUUCUCACCCAUGGACAAACCGCUUCGUGUAACAUUGUUUUCCCAGAGAACGAGUAUAUGAAUGGUCAACGGGCUUUCACCCUUUACUCUUUUACCUUAGGAUUUUUUAUACCUUUUAUCCUAAUCUUUCUUUUCUAUUUUCUUGUUAUAUGUAAAUUACGAACUGUUGGACCUAAAAAUAAAUCUAAAGAAAAGAAAAGAUCACAUCGAAAGGUAACCUAUUUGGUUUUAACGGUGAUAACGGUUUACGUUGCCUGUUGGCUUCCCUAUUGGAUUGGUCAAGUUUAUAUUACCUUUCAAAAGCCAAAUGUCCGUCAUUCUGACCUUUGUGUUUGCAUAUUAUUACUUGCUGGUUGCCUCUCAUAUGCCAAUUCAGCGGUUAAUCCGAUACUUUAUGCUUUUCUAAGUGAAAAUUUCAAGAAAAGUUUUGCCAAAGCGUUUACCUGUGCGGCAGGUAAGGAUGUUAAUGCUGCUCUUCAUGUUGAGAAUUCAGUUUUCCCAAGAACCACCCGAGGGUCAACUAAAGGUACAACUAUUGGUGGAGGUGGUGGUUUAAGUAUCGGUAUAACAGGAUGUGGAGGUAAUGGAGGUGGCGGCGGUGGUGGUGGUGAUGGCGAUGGAUCUGAUUAUCAUCAUCAUACUCAUCUUCUUCCUGGAAGUUCAUACAAUUGUAAUCUUAAUCCAUCUCAAGGUGCUUAUAUUGAUCAUCUUUCCGGAUCAGAAAUUGGCCUUAAUCAGGCUGGAAGUAUAAGUGGCGGUGAAAGUGGUAAUUCAAUGGAGAUUAAUAUUAGUAACUCAAUUAAUUGUUCCCAAUCAGUAACAGUUAACACGACAACAAAUGGUAAAUUAAUUGAUCAUGAUAAUGAAGCAGUUACUUUUGUUAAUUUACUCUCAAGGAAAAAUGAUUCUGAUGCUAAUAUAAUAAUUAAUAAUGAAAAUGAUAAAAUUUACAAUGAAUCAACAGAUGAUGAUGAUGAUGAUGAUAAUGUUAAUGAUGAUGAUGAUGAUGAAGAUGAUGGUAAUCAUGUUGAGCUUAUAAAUCGUAAUAAAAAAAGUGAUCACCAAUUUAAUAUAUCAUUUAAUUGUGAACCUUCCCAGGGAAUUGUUAAUUACUCUUGCUGUUCAGAUGAUGGUCCAAUUAAUUCAACUAAUUUAGUUAAUGAAAAUAAAUCAAUCAACAGAAACAAUAAUAAUAACAUUAUUAUCAAUAAUAAUGCGAUAACAAAAGUUGUACCUUUAAUCAGAAAUGGAAUCACAUCUAACCGAUCAUCAGUUAAUAGUAAUAAUAAUCAACAGCAACAAUCAAUUGAUUUUGAGUCAGCUCAUCUUUAAUUGUUGCGAAAAGCAGAAACAAAAAUAUUUAAUAAACAAUAAUUGAACAAUUUAUUAAUUGCUACAAAAUGAUUAACAGAAAAAUUUUAUCCUUCACUUUUCAAUAUUAUAAGAAAAAUAUAUAUAUCAAUCAAGUAUUUGUGUUAUAAUCAAUUCUAAUGAUUAAUAUUAAUUGUUAUAAUCAAUUGUGUAUUAAUUGACUAGCCUUUGAUUAAUUUCAUUAAGAUUUAUUAAAUCAUCAUCAUCAUCAUCAUCAUCAUCAUUAAGCUUUAAUCAUCAAUUGAAAAACACUGACCAAUAAUUUUAAUUGUUUCUUUUUAAUUGUAAAUAAAAUCAACAGAUUAAUCUUAUUUAUUUGUAAAUUAAUUGCGAUGAUUAAGUUUAAAAAUGGAAACGGUAACAACAAUUAAACUAAACAAAGUUAAUCACUCAACUCAACUGAAAAUCUUGUUUUUCUCAUCAACAAUUAACAUCAACAAUUAUAAUUGUAUAAUUAUCAUCAAUUCAGUUUAAUCAUUUUCUCUCGUUUUUUUUUUCAUUAUUUUGUUUGAUUGUCUUUUAAAUCAAUUUAAUUACAAGUUAAUUGUUUCUAUUAUUAAAAAGAAGCCUUAAUUUAACCCUUACAACUAUUAACAAUUUACAAUGGAAUCAAAAACAAUUAAGAUGAACAAAAUUCAGCGAAAGGAUUUAAAUUGUUGGUUAAUCAAGUUAAUCAAAUAAGCUACAAUUAAGCGAAAAUAAUAAUAAAUGGAAAUUGGAACCAAUAGAAGAUUUUAAUUAAUUGCAAUUAAUUUUUGUUUUCCGUUUAAAAAUUAAUUCUGUUCAUCUUUUUUUUUGUUGUUAAUUCGACGAGAAAAAAAAAAUCUAAUUAAAGUUAAUUUGAUUUCCAAAAACUUUUCUGUUACAAAUUCUGAGCAAAUUGAUUUAAAAUUUCAAAUGAAUUAAUUGAAUGAAAUACAAUAUCAUCAUCAUCAUUCAUUCAUU